AUGGCCUCCGUGAAUCAGAGCAUCGGCUUCCUCGAGGACUCCCUCGUCAACAGCGAGUGCGUGAGAGACGAGCAGCACAACGAACGCGUGUCUCACAUGAUUCAACCAACUGGUCCCAAGGCGUUCAAGGCUGAUCGUAUCGGUGACAGGACCCUCUACAAUUGGGCAGAUGGAGGCACUGCUGUCUUGACCACGUUAGAAGGGUUGGACUCUGAAUAUGUAUUGUUCACGCCUCUGAACAUCAUGUCGCCAUCGUCCGUGGAAAUGAUGUCAGCGAUGUAUGAUUUCUCGCAAGAAGUCCCUCACUUUAGGACCGGAGGAGCUCGAUGGGACUUCCCGGGAUCAAGUGUUAACGCGGGUGAACUGUUUGCGAUUGUCAACGAAGUUGAUCUGAGGGUCAACAUUUUCAGGGUCGAUGGGAUCUUGGACUCGGAAACAGGGCGCAGGGUGCACUGGGAUAUCUUUGGGCACAGUACCAGGAACGUAGCCGUGCUUUCUCCUUACAUGGACGCAUGUCGAUGGUACACGAGCGAAGCGCAGCACGAGAUUUCCGAAGCGUCUAGGGAGAUAAGAGUGGCCCAGCAGCAGCUGCGCGGGGCCUCAAAGAACAGCGACUUCGAGACGACCCUGAAGGCGAAGCUCAAGGCGGCGCGGAAGAAACGCAGCAGCGCGAGGUGGAGAGCACUGGAAAAGUUCUUCGAGGGCUAUGUGAGGCAGCUCGAGAAGAAGAGCCGUGAGGGGGACCAGGCGGGUUUCUACAGGCACCUGAAGAUGAUCGACGUCGAAGCCUCGCACCGACCGCCAGUCACACCGACAAUGAUUUCUUCGGCUAGAUUCACCAACGUAAGCACGUAAUGCCCCCUGCCUAACGAGUUCGACAUUCUUCCACACCCUGGACAUUCGCUCGCCCUUGAUUCACUAUUUGGCAGGGCAAUGAUGAAGAACCUCACCCGUGAUCCACUAGUUGGUAAUGCAAUGAUGAAGUACAGCGUUCGACGUGCGUGUCAGGGAGUCCCAGCAGUUUUCCACCCCCCGCGCUCUCCGUACACUUGCGUUUCCCCCCGACGGAUGUCAACAAAUACGUCGGCGCGAGUGCAGAUAGUAGAUUCUCGCACCGCUUUCCGCAAGGCCUGAAUUCAUGACCAUAGCGCGUUCUCCCGAGGCACUCUCCCGACCAAACACAUCCCACUAAACGGCAGUCUCCACCGAAAUUACGUACGCACACGCCACACACGAUUGGAGAUCGUACUCAGAGUCACACAAUUGUUGUCGAACGAGAGAAGCGUAUUGCCAGGUACGAACAGCGCUCCGAUGGAGACCUACCUCAUCUGGCAUUGCUCCCACUACAUAUGAACGAAAAAAACACCACAUCGGAAAUGACUCAACCACAGUGUGACAACGUAAAUACGAAUAAUGACCGUUCAGAAAGGAGGGGAGGAGCUCGACCACGAGGCAAAGUACCCGGGGACCGGCUGCCUCGACCCGUCGACCAAAACGCCUGCAGCACACUUGCAAGAACCCGAGAUCCUUGUACACAUGCACAUGAAGACUAAUCCUGAAAGACACCAUUUGGUGGUGGAGCCAUAUAUCGAUUGAGCUCAACUACAGUUUUUGCACCACACUACGAAGGCAGACAAACCAUCGAAAAAACUCAAGAAAAAAGCAGCCCGCACGCUUUUUGCAAACGCGACGAGCACUCCGAGUCGGGAAAAAAGGGAUACAUAGCCCAAGCUUCACCAUGCACACC